CCCGAUUGAUUAAUUUAGGUUAGGUUAGCCCCUGUCAGUUCAUUGUUUGAUUGGGAAGUUUUUUUGUUUGCCUUAUAAUCAAUUAAUUACUGAUAUUUUACGAAUUUCAUUGCACAGGAUGCACCACGGUGCACCUCAGUAACCAGUUUACCAAUAAAAUCGCAAACGUAACGAAACAAUCAAAAUGGAAACGGACCAAAAAAUCCAAGAAGAACGGGCCUAUUUUCUCAGGGUAAUAAACACUUUCAAAAGUUACCAGGAGCUCUCUCGUAAACGAAUACAGCACAAAGAAAAGUGCGUCGGGUCGUUGCCCAAUCAGCACAAAAAGUGGCUAAAUAAAUAUUAUGAAGAUCUGCAAAAGUUGAAGGAAGGUGUUGAUAAAAAUGCUGAGUUUAUCCCAAUGGUCUUAAAGCAUGCCUGCUCGAUGUUCGAUAAUGUUUAUUGCAACACAGAAAUGCCACAAAGUGAACAACAAUUGGGGGUGUUAAAUGAGGGACUUGAAAAAGUACAGUCAGUCUUUAAGCAGCUGAUGCGUGACUGGAGUUCUCUUGGGGCAGCCGAGAGGAAACAGUGCUAUGACCCAAUUAUUCAAGAGAUUCUAGUACAUUUUCCUGAAGAACAUUAUGACAGGGCUGAAGUACAAGUACUUGUUCCAGGAGCAGGCCUUGGUAGGUUGGCAUUUGAAAUAGCUUCUCGAGGAUUUAAAUGUCAAGGCAAUGAGUUCAAUUUGUUUAUGCUCAUUGUAUCCUUUUAUGUUCUCAAUUUGUGCAAGAACGUAGAUGAAUACCUGAUUUAUCCAUGGAUACAUCAGUAUUGUAAUAACCAUUCUGUGGAUGACCAGCUAACAACAGCAAAAUUCCCUGAUGUAAAGCCCAUGCCAUCUGCAGAAGGGAAUUUUUCAAUGACUGCCGGUGAUUUUUUAGAAGUCUACACUAUGAAAGAAGAAUGGGACUGUGUGGCCACAUGCUUUUUUAUUGACUGUGCCCCCAAUGUGGUUCAGUUCAUUGAAACCAUUUAUGAAAUACUAAAGCCUGGUGGUGUUUGGAUCAAUUUGGGCCCACUUCUGUACCACUACUCAGAUGUGAAGAAGGAGAAGAGCAUAGAGCCAAGUUUCAAGGUAGUCUGUGAUGUUAUUAAGAAGGUUGGCUUCCAAAUGGAGAAGUGUGAGACUGGGGUUAAGACAAAAUACUGUCAAAACCCAAAUUCAAUGUUACAGUAUGAAUAUGACAGUGUCUUCUUUGUAUGCAGGAAGGCUGACAGUAUUAAUGGUCAAGUGAAUGGGGAGUUCAAUACCUGAGUAAUAAUUGAGUUAAAGCACCUGAUAUUAAGUUGUUAAUGUUCUCUUUUGCAGUUAAAUGUUUUAAGUUAUAUUAUGAUGUAGAGGGAAAACCUGUUAGAUUGAAAAUAUAAGAGUAAUAAAUGAUUUAUUAGUGGUAUGAGAAA